UUCAUUUAUUGUUUAACCAGGAAAAUAGUUAAGGCUGUCGCCGAGGCCGCCUCUACCUCAAUGCUCUUCACCUUCCGCAGACCCAAAGCCGCCGGAUUUCAUCUUUCCGCCGUCGUUCGACUCAUCAAACCACCAAGCCUCCACCUUUCUACCGCCUCUCCAGCUCCUCUCCAGAACCCAUCAAAACCCCUAACUAAACCGGAGCUCAAAGCGCUCGUUCUCUCCCAUUGCAGCCAUGGCAAGUUCCACGGCCUCCUUCGAAACGUCGUCGCUUCGCCCGCCGUCCUCCUCGCGGCCUGCAACAGCCUCAGACCCAAUGCCGCUUCCUCCGCGGAGCCGCUCAAUCUGGAAACCGUCUCGGCCGAAUUCUUCUCCGUCGAAGAACUCGCCGCCCAGCUCGCCGGACACCGGCUGGACGUCGAGUCCUGCUGCCGCGCCAUUCCUCCGAUGACCCGGAGAGGUAAACCGCUCGUUCUUCCUAAUUUGAAGCUCAAAGUUGUUAUGGAAGCCAUUAGGAUGGUUCUUGAAAUCGUAUACGAUGAUCGCUUCGUUACAUUUUCAUACGGCGGCCGACCCAAUCUGGGCCGCCACACUGCAAUUCGGUACCUGAAGAACUCUGUAGAGAACCCUAGUUGGUGGUUCACCGUUUCCUUCAACCCUAAAAAAUUUGGAACUAAUCAUGUUGAUAAAUUGUGCUUAUUUAUAGAACAGAAAAUUAAAGAUAAGGACUUGAUUGAUUUGGUGAUGAGGUUGUGUGAAUGUGAGGCUAUUAGUAUUGAAUUGGGUGGGUGUUAUUUAGGCAGAGGAUUUCCUCAAGAAUGCAGGUUGAGCCCAAUGUUGAUCAACAUUUACUUCAACUCGUUCGAUCACGAAAUUCAGGAAAUUAGGGUUAAAACGAGCAGGGAGAAUCGAAUCGGUGUCCUUGUUUCGCCCUCUUCUGGUAGGGCGUUCUAUAAGCCCCCGAAGAUCUAUGCAGUUAGGUAUCUGGACGAGAUUCUAGUGAUCACAUCUGGGACGAAGUUGAUGAGUAUGGAGUUGAAGAGUCGAAUUGUGAAUUCCUUGGAGAAGGAUUUGGCGUUGAGCGUUAACAGGGAGAGAACCGUCAUUCAUAGUGCUGUUUCCGAAAAGAUUGAGUUUUUGGGGAUGGAGCUUCAGGCUGUUGCCCCGUCCGUCUUGAAUCCACCGAUGUCCGAGAAGGCGAUUAGGGCGAGGAAGAAGUAUCUCAGACAGAAAGAAGUUAGACUCUUGGAAAUGAAAAACGCGAGAGAGAGUAAUAGGAAGAAAUUAGGAAUGAAGCUGUUGAAUCACUCGUUUAAGAAAUUGAAGAAGAGUGAUGGGUUCAGAUUUGACUUCCGGAUCGAGAGCGAAGUGAGAGAGAUUCUUAAAACCUGGUCUGAGGAUGUCGUGAAACAGUUUCUAGAAUCUGUGGAUGAGCGUCGGGAAUGGCAUAGGCAACUUUCUGCUGGUGAGUUUCUAUUGUUGGAAAGGAUUAGAGACCAAUUACCCCGAGAGCUUAUCGAUGCUUAUGACGAUUUCCAGGAACAAGUCGACAAGUUCUUGAAUCCCGGGAAAGCCAUAAAGGCAAUAGAGGAGCACGAAAGACGUUUGGAGGAAGAAGAGGAGAGAAAGUAUUCGGAAAGGACAGUUGAGGAUUUAACAAAGCUGUGCAUAAAAGUCGAAGCGCCAAUCGAAACUGUUCGGAAAGCUAUCAAACUGGCCGGGUUUACGAACCACAUGGGUCGUCCUCGGCCAAUUAGUUUACUUGUCGCUCUUGAAGAUGUCGAUAUUAUCAAGUGGUACGCUGGAAUCGGGAGAAGAUGGCUCGAAUUCUUUUGCUGUGCCCACAACUUCAAAAAAGUUAAAACCGUCGUAACUUACCAUCUCCGAUUCUCUUGCAUCCUGACAUUAGCAGAGAAGCACGAAUCCACUAAGCGAGAAGCUAUCCGACAUUUCACGAAAGAUCUGAAAGUCUUCAACAUCGAUGGAACUGAAGAACUCCACUUCCCUACAGAAAGGGACGUGAAAACGAUGGGAGAUAACAUUUUGUCCGAUCCAAAGCCUAUCGAUGGAGCUCUAACAAUGGUUUGCGUUAGGCUCGCAUCUGACGAGCCUUCAUAUCGAUGUGCUGCUCAUUUUUGCACCCGGAACGAUACUAUUGUCUACCGGAUACGCUUAUUGCAGAAAAUUCUUAACCUCGACUCAUCAAACGAGAAGUGGGUUCGAGGUUUGGGUUCCAUUCACGAUAGUUUGAACAGGAAGUGUCUCCCGUUAUGCCCCGUCCAUAUAAGCGAACUGUACAUGGGUAGAUUAAAUCUUCAAGACGUUGAUUGCAAUGCGAUUUUGAAUUUCGACUAAUUCAGUUCAGUUAAUACUUCAUAGUAAAAGAGAAUUUGUAAGACUUAUGUUUAUUGGUUACUGAUGUAAAUGGAGAGGAUAAAGAUUGAUUUAUGUUUCAGUA